AUGAAUGGCACUUCGACAAAACUAUCACAUCCCGAUGACGAAGCUCCACUGCCUAAAUAUACUUCGAAGAUAUGCUCUCCCACAAAAAGGACUCUGAAUAAUAAGAACUAUCUAGCAGAAGAAGCACCAGUCUAUAAUCGAAACGAUCAUACGAGGGACCUCCCACCAGUGCCGGUUCCCGUUUUCACGAAUAACCCAGAGAGCGCUCGAAAUAGUAAUAGCAAUCGGCAGCGUCAAGAUACUAAGCUAGGACAGUAUCAUACUGGAUUUCAUAGGUUAAGUGAUAUUAAGGUGGGGAACAGCAGAUUAAGAUCACGACCAAAUGCUCAGCAAUACCACCAGCAGCAGCAACUUACAUAUGAAAAUGCCCGCAACAAUGGCAAUAAUAAUGUCAAAUUUUCCUCUAACCGACUUGCCAAACCAACUACGCAGACCCCAAAAAUCUCAACUUUUGUGGAGAUACGUGAUUCAUCUGAAAUUGUUGUACCCAAUCCGGCUCAAAAACAGCGAAUUUUAGCAGAGAGAUACUUCUCAGCGCCGAUUGAUUUCGCAGAGUUACAGCGGGAGACAGGGAAACAUAAACCCAUUAUCAAUAUUGUAAACACUAACUCACCAGGACAACCAAAAAACGGGCAAAUCUACAAAUUGAGUGUACCCAUUUUAUCCUCUCACAAGGGUUAUCAUGUUAUAAAAGAUCAAAUAAAAGACAUUUAUCGAUCCAAAUAUCAAGUUUCACAACCGCUUUAUGCAUUUGGAAAUGAGAAUGUCAGAUAUUCAAGUUUAAAAGAUUUAGAGAGUAAAGAUAUUAACAAUGCCAGCAACAAGUUUAGCUCAAAACGACUACAGAGUACACAAGUUUUAGACCGCCAACUUCUUGCUGCAUCCAACGGAAACGAUAGCUUUGAAUUAAGUUUUGAUGGAAAAGCAUUGGAUCGAAGCGACAUUUUCCGCAUGGUAGACUCGUUUACUGUUGCUUUAUCUGAUGACGAUGACGAGGACAAAAUCAUAAAUGCAGCGAACAAAAACCUUCUCCCUUCAGAAAUGACAAAUUCCGUUUACUAA